GCCGAGAGCCAGCAGCAAGCGAGUCGUCCCGAGGCUGGACGAUGUAAGGACGGAGUCCGGCAGCGGCGACAGAAAGGUGGAGAGGUUCUCGCACUACGUGGCGAGGCAGCUAGGGUUCUCAGAUCCGAGCGAGUGCCCGCAGCUGUGCAAGCUGGCGUACGACUACCUGAGGAAAAUCGACGGUUGCGAGGACAACAUCUACGAUUAUUUUGCAAGAUCCGAAGGCGGCAGCGAGCUGGAGAAAUUGUUGUCCGGGAAGCUGGUGGAGGAGCUCGAGAAAUGCAUUUUGAGCUACUUUGCUUUCCACUGGAACCACGCCCCUUCCCUAGUCUCUCAGGUGAUGAAAGAUCAAUCGCAGAAGAAGCCGAAGCUCAAAAGCGCUAUAAUGGCUGCCACAAGGUAGACACCGCG